AUGAGCAACUACAAUUACAACUACGACCCCUCGGGCACCACAUACGAGAUUGUCGGAACCACCUAUGAUACUCCGGCCUAUGACACCGGAUACGGCACAACAACCUAUGAUCCCAACACAGGCGCCUACGACCAGCACCUUGACUAUGAGACCGAUGACUCGCGACGACACCACCGCGAGCGAGUUGAUGACGACGGCGUCUACCGACACCGAGACGUUGACCGCCGUGCUGAUGGAAGCACCCGCGCCCAUCGGGAAUACGACAACCCAAAUACCGGUACCAGCUACCACCGAGACGUUGACCGCCGCCCUGAUGGAACUGCUUACGUCCAUCGGGAUUACGACAAUCCAAAUACUGGUAUCAGCUACCACCGUGACUAUGAGCAGUAA